GACGGCGUCUCCGCCCCACUGUGCUCCCGCGCAGAACUCCGCCCGCAAGGCGGAGAGAAGCGAGCCAAUCAGCAGCCGUGCAGGCCCGAGGUCACUCGAUUUUGGGCCUCCGUCACCUAGUCUGACCACGCGCCUCCAAUCGGCGAGCUGCGCCCCCUACGUCCGCUCUCCGGCUCCUCCGCAGCGUUUCCGCAGUGAGCCCUCCACUCCGAAUGCCGGUUGGCUCCCUGCCAGCCAAUCACCGGUGAUCCGCUGUCCCUAUAGCCAAUGGCCGCCCUCCUCCCUGUGCUGGACCGCGGCAGUUGGCGCUAAGCUCCGGCAGCCCGAAGGAGCCGGGGACGGAUUGGCGCAGGCGGCGUACAAUGGGCGGUGCGCGAGAGGCGUGGGGCCAAUGAGCGCGGCGGGGGCGGGGCGGGCGUGGCGGCGGGCGGCUGCGAGGAGAGGCCGGUGGUGGCGGCGGCCGGCGGCGGCGGCGGCGGUGGCAGUAGUGGCCCGCGGCGGUGGCGGCCGACAGCGGGAGGCCAUGGCGGACGCCGGUGGCGACGACGCCCGCUGCGUGCGGCUAAGCGCCGAGCGGGCCCAGACGCUGCUGGCCGAGGUGGACACGCUGCUGUUUGACUGCGAUGGGGUUCUGUGGCGCGGCGAAACAGCCGUACCCGGCGCGCCCGAGGCCCUGACGGCGCUGCGGACUCGCGGCAAGCGCCUCGGCUUCAUCACCAACAACAGCAGCAAGACCCGUGAGGCCUACGCCGAGAAGCUGCAGCGCCUGGGUUUCGGCGGCCCGGCGGGAUCAGGCGCCGGCCUCGAGGUCUUUGGCACGGCCUACUGCACCGCGCUCUACCUGCGGCAGCGCCUGGCCGGCGCGCGGGCCCCUAAGGCCUAUGUGCUGGGCAGCGCGGCCUUGGCAACGGAGCUGGAGGCCGUGGGCAUCACUAGCGUGGGCGUGGGGCCUGAGCCCCUACAGGGCGAUGGCCCCGACGCCUGGCUGGACGCACCGCUGGAGCCCGAUGUGCGCGCCGUCGUGGUGGGGUUCGACCCGCACUUCAGCUACAUGAAGCUCACCAAGGCCCUGCGUUACCUACAGCAGCCCGGCUGUCUGCUCGUGGGCACCAACAUGGACAACCGGCUCCCGCUCGAGAACGACCGCUUCAUCGCGGGUACGGGCUGUCUGGUCCGAGCCGUGGAGAUGGCCGCCCAGCGCCAGGCUGACAUCAUAGGGAAGCCCAGCCGCUUCAUUUUCGACUGCGUGUCCCAGGAAUACGGCAUCAAUCCGGAGCGCACCGUCAUGGUGGGAGAUCGCCUGGACACAGACAUCCUCCUGGGUGUCACCUGUGGCCUGAAGACCAUCCUGACCCUCACCGGAGUUUCCACUCUAGGGGAUGUGAAGAGUAAUCAGGAAAGUGACUGCGUGUCCAAGAGGAAAAUGGUCCCUGAUUUCUAUGUUGACAGCAUAGCCGACCUUUUGCCAGCCCUUCAAGGUUAAAGAAUUAGCGUCUUUAAUCUACCGAAUAAAAAAAAAUUAAUCACUUAACCAAAUUAAUAGGUGGGGCUCAAGCAUCUGCUCAGCUAGGUGACUUUAAAGAGUACGCUUGGAGUUUUAAGCAAUGGCACUAGUUGUUAACCUUGUAAGUAAAUGUCCGGGGGGCGAUUUUCUUACAGAUGUUUAUAUCUUAAGAUGCACUUUUAAGCUUGGAGGGCAUUGUGGGGGUCCUGGGCCUUGGUUGCUGUUGGCAAGAGCAAGAUUCAGAUAACCUCAGGGCUUGCUGAUGGGACUGAGGCGGGUCUAGGGGGGGUCCUAUAUUACUGAAAAUUUCAUUCAGGGAUCAAGCCCCUUUGCAAGGCAAAGGGGGGGAGGAGGGGCUGAUUAUUUUGACUGUUGUGAGAAACUUGUACAAACCGACCCCAGGGCUCCAUGGGUGUGGUAGUCAGCAGAGGAGCCUGCUGCUGCGUCCCACCCAGCUCCAUCUGCAGCACGGGAGUGGAGGACGAGGCUGCUUCCUGGUGAUGUCUCCCUGUCCUUGGUCUGUGGGGCGCUGCCCUCACCAGCACCCCACACUUCCUUAAAAACCACUCUGAUGUCACAAUUGUCUGUUCCGUUUCAAAAGCCCAGGACUGCAGCUCCUCAUACGUGGUUGCACAGUUCUGUCAACUCACUCCAGCUACACCUUGGCUUUCUCAGAUGUGUGUUUAAGCCCAGGUGACUUGGACUGAGCAUAUUGUUGGCUGAAUGGCCAGGAGGGCAUGAAUGCCUUCACUGAACUUUGGGCUGCUGUGCAGGAAGCUCAGAGCAGUGUUGGUACCAAAAAAUGUUUUUAAAACUUAGGAACAACUUUGUCAAGGAUUGGAAUUGAAACUGAAGUGUGUUAAUAGCUGCGCUCUGUCUCGUAGGGGACAUCUCAAUGAAGUCUCUGCUCCAUAGUCGGUACCAUGGCUAAAGUCAUGCUGGCCAAGGAAUGCCU